AGUAUACAUGACUUCCAUUCACGGCUGUGCCUCGCAGCGUUUGGCCACCUCUCCACAUUCAGAACCUCUGGGUCGGAAUUGCAAUUGAGCUCAAAUCCAAAUUUAGACGAUGUCCGCCGAGAGUUUUUCCAUGACCCCUCCCGGGGACCUCGACCCACAGCUUGGGAAGCGCGCACGCGGGGAGGCGAUCGGGGGGCGGAUCAGAGAUCGUGUUUACUACAGAGAGAUGACGGUCACGGCUGAACGAGACGCACACGUUGUCCGGGCUCGAGUUUCGCAACAGAGACCUCGAGCCGAAUUGUGUGAUGGAACCCUGAGAGACACUGCGGUGCGAGGGCAGACCUGGUCGGUGUUGAUGGAGCGGAGGCUGGCCGUGGUGUGGACCUACCUGCUGGGGGCCGGUCUCGCCCUGGUCCUGCCUCAAGCCUCUUCCACUGCGACCUCCGAGGCCCUUCCACGACCUCCGCGGCUGAUCGGCUGCGUGUUCCUGAACCGGGCUAAUAUCACCUGCCGCUGGGAGGCCGGAGACCCCUCAGCGACGCACUACACCCUGAAGAUUCAGAGGAAACCUGGGGCUGUGCCCUUAACACACAGCGCUCUGAAGACGUUCACCUGCACCACGGCCGACACCGGCUGCACGGCAGACAUCGGCAUGGCGUCCGUGAGGUUCACCUUCUGCGUCGCCGUCACAGCGCACGGCCUCAGCGGGAACGUCUCCUCAGCUCCCCGGUGUCAGCCUGGUAGGAUUGAAGUGAUGUUGCCUGCGGCGAUUAUGAACAGCGUGAAGCCAGUAGACGGGACACCUGAGUGUCUUAACCUGACCUGGAGCCGCACCUUGGCUGCGUUCCCUGUGUCGGACUCUGAAAUCAAAGCCGGGGUACUGAAUUCCCAAAUUGAGGUCACAGCGGAGGGGCAGCCCGGUGUACAGGUCAAAGACGCGACGGUGGCAGGAUACGGCUUCCCGGUUUGUCACCUCCGACCCGACACUUCGUACGCCGUCAGGCUCCGUCACCGUUACCGGGGCCCGGAGAGCCCCUGGAGCCCGUGGAGCAACGCGUGCCGGGGCAGGACAGCAGAGGACGCUCCAUCUGCUGCACCGAUGUUCUGGAGGCGAGUUCAACGAACGGAUAAGAGCGGGCGGAGACUCACCUCGCUGCUUUGGAAGGCCCUGCCUCGCUCUCGCGCCAACGGCAGGGUUCUCUUCUACAACGUGACUUGUCAGACAGAGAGCGCACUAAUUCCGAGCGACCGCGGGACCUGCGGGGAUUUGCACCGAGCGACAAUGUCCUGCACCUUGCUCCUCCCUGCUGAGCGCUGCUCCUGCGCUCUGACGGCCUCCAACUCCGCUGGGACGUCGCCGGAAGCCCGGACGUGGCUCCUCGGAGCCUCCGAGACAGAGCCCCCCUCCCCGAGGGAAAUCGCCGCGAGUCCGCUGGAUGACGACAGCCUCGGCGUUCACUGGACGCCUCCGGACGAUCCCUCGGUGAGCGGCUUCGUCUUGGAGUGGUUUGCCGUCCGAGAGCUAAGCAGCAGCGUCCUACACUGGGAAAAGUUGAACGGCUCCCACACGACAUUUGUCAUCGCAGAGGGAGUGAAGCCGAUGGAGCGUUACGCUGUUUCGGUCAAAGCGCUGUACGGUGAGCGACGGGUGGGGAAGAACAGGACGCUUCUCAUUUACACACGUCAAGGCGCGCCCUCAGCUGGUCCGACUGUGGAGGUGCAGCAGAUCUCCGGUGGGACGGUGGAGCUCAGCUGGAGUCCCGUACCAGUGGAGCUGCUUCAUGGUUUCAUCCGCAACUACACACUCCACUACACCACAGCUCACCAGCCAACUAGGAGCGUCUUUGUGCCUGGUGAUGUUCACCAUUACUCUCUGGAGAACCUGUCGCCCGGUAACCACGACAUCUUCAUGCAGGUCAACACUGACGCCGGUACUGGAGCUGCUGGGACCAUCGCUAAUGUGCACAUAGACUCAGAGGAACUCUCAAAAGUGAUGUACGCCGUCCUGUCCCUCAUUCUGACUUCACUGGCGCUGGCACUGAUGGCCUGUUUGGCUCGGAAUAAGGUGAAAAGGAAGCUGUGUCAAUUCGUCCCUGAUCCUUCCAACAGCAGUCUGGCCCACUGGAUCCCAAAGUCCACCUCAGAGACUAUGAAGCAGCCUUCUGUGCCAGUGGGGCCUCAAAUCGAAUUCUCCGAAGUUAUUUCGUUUGGCGAAGACUCCGACCCAGAUGAGGUUACUGACAAUCAGAGCGUGUGUGAUCUCCGAACAUAUUCAUCUCACCGGUGCUCAUUGCUCCCAGUUCCAGGUUCUGAGACGCCUCAAAACGCCAAAGAGUCAGAGAGAUCGUUCGACAAGGGCCGGCUCAGAGCCAAGACCACCUUCGACACUGACCUCUCCUCCUGCGCCUCCGACUACUCCACCGUCGUCUUCUCUCAGACUCUGGAGAAUCCCCUGGCACCCGUCCUGUCCCCUGCUCGUCACCAGUCCCACGACUGGCGGCAAGGCGCCAUCAGCGUCAGUGAUGUCAAGAUGUCGCUCGGUGGGGGCAGGAGCGUCGUGACCUCUGACCCCCCUCAGCGCCACAGCUCCGCCUCCCUCUCCGACUUCAGCGCUGUCUCUCCGUCCUCGGCCUUACAUUCGCUCCCGGCUGAGGCCAGAUCACCCAAACACCUUUUUCCUCGGAGCAGCCGUAGCUCGGGCCUGUCGCCGCAGCCCGACACCCGCACUCACCCCAAUGCGAUUCACAAUUUGUCAUAUUUUCUUCCGCCUGUUUUUGUGGAGUUCACACACUGUCCUGUGGAGCGUGAUCCUCAUACACAUCCCCUGCUGUUUAACUCCGUUACUCAUAACAUAUAAUAAUUAAAUAAUAUCAAUCAUUUGUGGAUUGUCUUAUGUGGCUUUUAUAUUUGGUGCCCUUCGUUAUUGCCUCGAUGUUAUGUGUCUUUAAAAAAUGUGAACACCCCUUUGAAAGCUGUCAUCAUUUUUCCAUUAUUUUGAGACUGGAUUGUUUAACAGUCAGUAACAGGUUUUGUGUGUCUCAAUAUUUUUUUCAAUGUUAUCACUUUCCUGUCUGCACAGUAAAUAUGUGUGUGGAGUCAUAGACUGUAUAUAAAUAGAGACGUAGUCGCAGAAUCCAGAAAGAGAAGCCAAUGCGUACCAAAAGGGAAAUAGUGAAUAUAAAGUACACGGGAGGAUAAGAAAUUCCUGUUCACUGACAUGCAACCUGGUUGUCAGAUCCACCUUUCCUUUAAAAAAUAACUCACGUACCUUUUAUUUUCAGACUGAAAUGUUGCCGUCUGGAAUUCAGUCUUACUGUGAGCCACCUUUUGUUGCAAGUGUGAUCCCUUCAGAGCUACAUUUUUUCGUCAGGUUUCAUUAGGCAAUCAAUGUGUGUAGGUUUGAGCCUGAACAUAUGCCUUUCCAACAUUAAAACAGAACAUACGCUGUGUGACGAAUCAGUGUUUGGACUCAUUCCUCCUGUGGAAGUACAAGAGAUUAUUACCACAUCUUCUAAGACGGAGCAGCCUAUACUCACUAUGUUUAUAAUAUUUUUUCACAGCGGACACUUUGUCUUGUCACGACAGAAAAAGUACAGAAAAUGUUAACAUUCAUUUGCAUCGUUGUUCUCCCCACUGGAUUAAUUUACUAAAAAAUGUAAAA